GCGGGAGUCCGACCGACUGACAUUGAAGCUUAUCAUUACCAGUUCAACAUUCAGCAUAAAGUACAUGUAGCAGUUUGAUGAAUUCUAUCUCUUGGAAUAGUACAUGUAGCAGUUUGAUGAAUUCUAUAUCUUGGAAUAGUACAUGUAGCAGUUUGAUGAAUUCUAUAUCUUGGAAUGGGAAAACUCACUAAAGCAAAGGACAGUGAUUUGAAAAAAGAACCUGCUAGUCUGUUUACGAAGAUUGGAGCCAACAAAAAAAACCUGAUCUGUGAAAAUAUUAAAUCAGAAGUUGACAAAAUCAAGGAGAAGAAGUCUUCAUCUGAUCGUCGAUCUGCAUCAAAUUCUACUUGGGCAAAACCGUGUGACAAAUUCCAACAUAAUGAGGCUUAUUCCAGUGUUUCUGUCUUAGACAUUUCACCAAAUUUAAAGUCGAAGGAAAUUGCCAAACGAGAGACUGGUCCGUCAUGUGCAAUUGAGAAAAAUGGCACUAAAAAUAAUGAUAUAACGCCUACUAAAGUGUACAAAAACAGCACCAAACGGUUAGCGAAAGCCGGAAUAUCUCCAACUGCUAAGAAAGGCAUUCAUUCGUCUUUCUCCGAGACUGAUGCUAAUAAAGAUUGUAAACCUUUGAAACGUACACCAGCACCGACGUCCAGUUCUAAAGAUAUUGUAUCGUGCGAGAAUGACGAUAUUCUGUGUGAAAUAUUAAAUGAACUCCAUUGUGAAGAGCCUAAAAAUAAACAGCUAGUCGAAAAGAAGACGGCAUCCAAAUGUACUCCGAAAGAUGAAAACAGUUUAAGUAGAUCGAAGUCGACACCUGUACCGAGGACUUACAGAGAAUCAACUGUACGACCAUCGGAUCAGUUUAAUCGGCAUAUUGUCAUCAAUAUACAAAGAAAUCCAACUGAAGUUAUAUUAGAUGUUAAAUCGGAGAAUGAUGACGAGAUAAAACAAUGUAUACUUAGAGGUUUUUGGUGUGAUAGUCAUGUUAGUGUGGGAGAUAUUGUAAAUAUAUUAGUGGGGUAUAAAGAUGGAGUAUAUACCGUUGAUGAUAAGCAUGGACUACUUGUUAUAAAUCCCGAUUUCCUUCUAUCUGGAACAUCCAUUGUUUCGUCAGUAUUCUGUAUGAGAAGAUCUGUUUUAAAUGAGAAAUUUAAAGGAUGUGAUAGUAAGAAUGUACAUAUGUUAUAUGGUAGUAUAAUACAUUGUUUGUUUCAAAAGAUUUUGAAAAACAUGACUUACAAACAGGAAGAAAUUAUGGAUGCUGCUCAGAAUGUUUUGAAACUCAACAAAUUUAUACAUGAAAUGUAUAGUCAAGAUUCGGAUGAAACUGUGGUUUUGAGUGAAAUAGAAAAAUAUAUUCCACCUUUACAGAGUUGGGUAAAAAAACACACAGAUGCUGAUAAAACAAAAUACAACUCUACAGAAAUCUGUAUAAAUGAUGUUAAAGAUAUAGAGGAAAAUAUUUGGUCUCCAAGAUAUGGUGUUAAAGGAAAGAUUGAUCUAACAGUACAAGUAAAGAUACCAUCAGGCAAAAAUUCCUACCAGACUAAAACAGUUCCGUUAGAAUUGAAAACUGGUCGAACAACUUAUUCUGUAGAACACAAAGGACAAGUGACACUGUAUUCCAUGAUGAGCUCUGAUCGUAGAGAUGACCCAGAAGAAGGUUUGUUACUUUAUCUAAAAGAACCGUCCAUGAAAAUGAUUCCUGCUAAAAAUGAAAACAAAAAAGGUUUGUUGCAGUUACGAAAUGAAAUGGCGUAUUAUAUCAGUCACCAUGUUGAGAAGGAAGUAGACGAAGGUCAUGUGACCUAUAAUCUAGGCAAGUUACCGGAACCAAUCAACAGCCAGCGUUCAUGUAGUAAAUGUCCACAACUUUUAAACUGUGCUAUAUAUCAGAGAUCUGUAGAGAAGUAUGAUCACAGAGAGAGCCAUGCCAUGUAUCAACUGGUACCGGAAUCUUUAUCACAUCUAACGACAGAACAUCUGGAUUAUUUUAUACAUUGGAUGUUAUGUAUGGAUCUAGAAAAACAGGCAGCACAAAAUACUGAUAUCAAACAACUCUGGUGUUCUACUAGCAGUGAAAGAGAGCUAAGUGGUGAUUGUAUUGCUGGUCUUGUCAUUUAUAAAACGGAUGUAGGUCAGAUAUUAGCCAGUCAGAAUUAUUCCGAAGGUAGUGACUGUCUUAUCACAUUCACCAGACAUCACGAUUAUUCUCCAAUCAUGUUAAAUUCUGUUGGCAUGGUGAAGAAUGAUUUUGUUGUUAUAAGUACUGAAGAGUGUCAGUUAUUAGCUAUCAGUACAGGUGUAAUACAGAAUAUAACAGAUAAAUAUAUAUAUGUUGCUGUAGACAGAGAUACUUUACAUACGGAUAAAAUUUUACAGCGUAAAUUAUUUCGAUUAGAUAAGUGUAAUAAUUUUAAUACAAUGGGAUAUCUGUUUACGAAUUUAUCACGUCUCAUGUUGGAUGACCCUCAUAGUGCUAGAUUAAGAGAUUUGAUCAUUAACAAGAGGAAACCUGAAUUUAAUUUAACUUUAUCCAAGAAAUCUAUAGAAAAAGUGAAGAAACAUUUUAAAUCUAUGAACAAGCCUCAGAAAACGGCCAUUUUAAAGGUAUUGAUGAGUAAAGAUUAUGUGUUAGUAAAAGGUUUCCCUGGAACAGGAAAGACAUCAACAAUAGUAGCUUUAGUGAAGAUAUUGAGAUCUUUAGGACAAACAGUUUUAUUGACUAGUUAUACCCAUUCAGCUGUUGAUAAUAUACUACACAAGUUAAAACAGGAUGGAUUACCAUUUUUAAGGCUGGGUAGGUUAGCUAGAAUUCAUCCGAAUAUACAUGAUCAUUCAGCCGAAGUUUUAACGUCAAAGAUUACAAGCGUUGGUGAAUUAAGACGUUUUUACGCAUCUCAGGGUAUAGUAGCUACAAGUUGUCUGGGUACCAAUCAUCCUAUUUUUACACAGAGACGAUUUGACGUGUGUAUCAUUGACGAGGCAUCACAAGUAUUACAGCCCGCUUGUCUCGGACCUAUCUUUACUUCAGAUAAAUUUAUUCUAGUCGGUGAUUCUAAACAACUCUCGCCUGUUGUACAGAGUAGAGAAGCUAGAGAUCUAGGUAUGGAGGAAAGUCUGUUUAUAAGAUUAGAUGGAAUGGGAGCUAGUUAUGAACUUAAUUUACAAUACAGGAUGAAUAGAGUUAUAAUGAAGUUAGGUAAUGAACUUGUUUAUGGAGGUGCUCUACAGUGUGGUAGUAAAAUAGCUAGUGAAGGUUGUCUAGUAUUAUCUCAUCCAAUCAACAUGUCUGGUGAAUGUGAUUGGUUGAAACAAGUAUUAGACUGUAAUAUUAACCAAUCAGCUGUAUUUUGUGAUACUCAACAGGUACCGGCACCAGAAGUCUGUGAUAAAAAAGGUGUAAUUGAAAAUCCUGUAGAAGCAGAAAUUAUCUCAACGAUAAUACUAACUUUGUUAAAGGCGGGUAUUGAAGCAGUUGAUAUAGGAGUUAUUGCUCCAUACAGAAGUCAGGUCAAACUUCUCCAUUCACAGUUAAAAAAGAUCAAAGUUGAAGAGGUCGAGGUCAACACUGUUGAUCAAUAUCAAGGUCGUGACAAGAAGGUCAUAAUUAUUUCGUUUGUGAGAAGUUAUUCAGAGCGUUCCAAGUCCUCGAGAGGUGAGUUGUUAGAUGAUAUUAAAAGAUUAAAUGUAGCUGUAACUAGAGCUAAGUUAAAGUUAAUAAUGGUCGGAGAUAUAUCAACAUUAAAUAGAUAUACACCCUGUUCUACUAUAAUAACAUCCAUGAAAAACACAGAUCAAAUUAUCAAAUUACCCAAAGAUGCCCAUGUUCAACAUAGUGCAGAUAUAGAGGUCUGAAUCCGGAUGAAGAUUUACAAUAUUGAUGUUGAUGAAGAGAAGAAAAUUGUAAUGCAUUGUUACCAUAUUGCUGGGACUAUAAAAUACUAAUAUUAUGUACACACCCCUCUUUAUGUUUAGCCGGUUGUAAUUGACGAGGAGUAGGGUCACCUGUCAAACCGCGUGGGUUUUCUCCGGGUCCUCUGGUUUCCUCCCACUGCUAAAAGACUCCUACGCGCAAGCGAAUUAUUGAAAUAAAAUUGAAUCAUAUGUUAGUCCCGAAAUUACCUAGUUUGUGUCGAGUAAACGUUAAACCCCAUUUCUCUCUCUCUCUCUCUCAAUGUUUAGGGAUCAAGUGGACUAAUGCAUGCACUUUAGAUAAUAGUGGUUGUCAUUGAGUCAAUAUUAUAUAAUGUCAAUAGGUAUGACAUAUUCUUAGAACCUACAAAAAUUAAAUAUCGUACUAAGUCAUAAAUAGAUUGCAUAAAAUAAGAAUUAUAUAUUUUAUUUAAUGCAUACAGAUUUGUAUUUAUUUUAUUACUUCAUAUUGGUCGUAUCAAAAUGGUUUUUCAAAGAAUCAAUUUCAAAACUUCACCUAAUUAAUCAUAAUCCAUUAUUUCCACAUAAAGAAUUUUAUUACUUCCAUUCAUGUAAUUAUCAUGAAAUUGUAAAUCAUU